AUGAAGGCCAAUAUCGAGUGUGCUUCAUCACACAAGGGAGAACAAGAUAGAGAAGAGAACUGCAAACAUUCAGGCAGAACAACUUUGGCUGACUCUGAAUCCCCUAAAAAACACCGGGAUGUGGACAAGAAAAGAGUGCAUGAGUGCUCGCAGUGUGGGAAAAGUUUCAACUAUCCAUCAUUACUCGCUAGCCGUGAGAAAAUAGAUAUUGGAGAGCGACCUGACCAGUGCUCAGAUUGUAGGAAUGCACCUGAUGAAGGGAGUAAAAUGAAAAAACACACUGGAGAGAAACCAUACCACUGCUCAGACUGUGGAAAAGCCUUUGCUUGUUUGAGUAAAUUGAUAUUGCACCAGAGAAUCCACUCUGGAGAGAAACCAUACCACUGCUCUGACUGUGGAAAAGCAUUUGCUGCAUUGGGUAAAUUGAUAUCGCACCAGAUAAUCCACACUGGAGAGAAACCUCAUCACUGCUCAGACUGUGGUAAAAGUUUCAACUUUCUGGACAAUCUCAGGGUACAUCAGAGAAUUCAUACUGGAGAGAAACCAUAUCCAUGCACUGUCUGUGGGAAGAGAUUUGUUAAUUCAAGUUCCCUCAAGAGUCAUGAAAAAGUGCACAAUGGAGACAAGCCUUACAACUGCAAAUUCUGUGGAGGUUGGUAUGCAAGGCUGUUUGAACUGAAAACCCAUGAAAGGCUUCACACCGGCGAGAAGCCGUAUGUCUGCACACUGUGCGACAAACGCUUUUCUCAGCAUGCUCAUCUAAAAGCUCACUUGCGAACACAUACUGGAGAGAAGCCGUUCCACUGUUCACAUUGUGGGAAAGACUUCUCUCAGAGCAGCCAUCUUACGGUGCACCUUAGGACCCAUACUGGAGAAAGGCCCUAUCGGUGCCCUCAGUGUCCAAAGUCCUUCACUACAGUGAGUCACCUUAAGUGUCACCUGAGAGUCCACACAGGAGAAAAGCCUUACCCCUGCUCUGAAUGUGGAAAGUGCUUUUCCCAGUCCAGUGAACUCAAAACACACCAACAGCGAAAGAACUGCAAUAAGUCAGGUGAUCUUCAAAGUCAUCUGGAGCAACAUGAGCAUCAGCCUUUACGUCGUAAAAAGACCAAUUCACAAGGAUCACGAAAAAACCUGAGAAUCAACAAGCAGAGCAAGCACUCCAGAGCAAGGCCGUGUGGAAAAUCCUGUUCCGGUGUGGAUGAAAUGGAACAUCGCCGUAGGAGUCGAGUUCGAGAGAAGUCGUAUAACUGUGCCCAGUGUGGAAGCAGCUUUUCAAAUGUGAAUGAAUUGAAGAUCCAUAAAAGGCUUCACACAGCCUCCGUCCAACCCCCUGUUCACACUGGGGCCUCUGCAGCUCCUCCUGCUCCUCCCAAGGACCGCUCAACAAGGCAUGUUCCACUGAAGACGCUGACAAUUCAACUGAUGGACUGCAGACAUUUACUGGGGCAGAAUAACACAUUGACGCUACUCGGGGGAGGAGAAGAACAAAGGCCCCAACCACCGACCACUGAUGACAGUCUUGUAGCAUCUAGUACUCAUCAGAAGACUCUGCGAGAAGAAACCAAGUCUAAGAAGAGAGCUAAACACCACAGUGUGAGUGAAAAGAUUCCGAGUGUCUCAAAAGGAGAUAUGCUGCACCACAGCACAGAGAGUGAGAAGAGUCUGACUGUCUCAAAGGGCCAUCAUUACAUUGGCAUCAUAGAGGAGAAGGAGCAGUUCCACUGCACCCCGUGCUUGAAAAUCUUCAGCAGUGCAAAGUCCCUGAAAACGCACAAAGCGACCCACAAGAAAAUGGCCGCUCACACCUGCUCUUACUGUGGACUGAGUUUUAACCAGUCUGCAACCUUAGUGACUCAUGUGAGGAUACACACUGGAGAGAAGCCAUUUGAAUGUUCUGAAUGCCAGAAGAGGUUUGUCACAUCCUCUCAGCUUCAUGUGCACCAGAGAAUCCACUCAGGGGAGAAGCCAUAUGAAUGCACACUGUGCGGAAAGAGGUUCACUCAGAGGUCAGGCCUGAACUUCCACCAAAAAAUCCACACGGGAGAGAAGCCCUUUCAAUGCAAUGAAUGCAAUAUGUCUUUUGUAAGGCCAAGCGGUCUAAAACAGCACCAACGAGUCCACACCCAGGAGAAACCAUACCACUGCUCCUACUGUGGUAAAUCUUUUAACCAUCGCGCUCGCCUGACCGAGCACCGACGUCUGCACACAGGCGAGAAGCCUUACCGCUGCUCCGACUGUGGGAAGUGUUUUGCAAAAUUCAAUGUACUCAAAGGCCAUCGGCGAACACACACUGGAGAGAGGCCAUACUCUUGCACUGAGUGUGAAAUGAGCUUCCGACAGUUGAGUCAUAUCCGUGUACACAUGAGAAUGCACACUGGAGAGAGACCUUAUGUCUGUGACGUCUGUGGUAAGGGCUUUCCACAGCUAGGGAACCUACAGUUUCAUCAGAAAAACUGCACUAAGACCUAAAACUUCUUUGCAGUAGGAAGUUUUCAAGAAGGUUGAAACUAG